UAUCCAAUACCUUUCCUCAUCUCCACUUUCCCACCCCACCCCUACCCAAAACACCCCACCCGUCUCCUCCUCCUCCUCCUGUACAAAUAAUAAUCCAACACAUUAUAGGCUUUAAUUAACCAAUUAAAAAAAGGGGAAGGAGGGGUAAAUUAGUCAUUUGACAUGGGUUCGCCGGAGUCGACAGCAACAGAUUUAUCAACGAGUCGGAACACGGCGACGACGUCGUCGGCGAGAUCGUCGGUGAUAGAUUCAAUAAUGGGAUGUACAGGGGUAACGAUACAUAAGGAGGAUUUGAGAAAACGGAUUACGAUGCCGGAGUAUUUAAGGGUAGCGAUGAGAGAAGCGAUUCAGAAUAAGGACGUUGAUUCCGUGAAGCGGCAUUUUGAUAUGGCUCACGCCGACGGGGCUGAGGUUCCGGAGCCGUGUGAAUCGCCGUUGGUUGUGUUUAUUAAUGCUAAAAGUGGUGGGAGACAUGGACCUGAGCUUAAAGCUCGGUUGCAGGAUCUCAUGGGUGAAGAACAGGUUUUUGACCUUUCAGCUGUGAAGCCGCAUGAAUUCGUUCAAUAUGGAUUGAGUUGCCUGGAGAAGUUUGCUGCUCUUGGUGACACCUGUGCAAAAGAGACUCGUGAAAAGAUAAGGGUCGUGGCAGCAGGAGGUGAUGGUACUGUUGGGUGGGUACUUGGCUGCCUUGGAGAGCUCAAGAAACAAGAUCGGGAGCCAGUUCCACCAUCUGGCAUAAUUCCACUUGGUACAGGAAAUGACUUGUCGAGGAGUUUUGGUUGGGGGGGUUCAUUUCCUUUUAACUGGAAGGCAGCCACGAAAAGAAUUCUUGAGAGGGUUGCCAAUGGUCCUAUCUGCCGUCUAGAUAGCUGGAAUCUUGUAAUAUCAAUGCCAGCUGGGGAAGCUUUGGAGACACCUUAUUCUUUAAAACCUUCGGAGUGUGCAUCUCUUGAUCAGGAAUUGGAAGUUGAUGGGCAAUUACCAGAGAAGUCGUCCUACUAUCAAGGAGUAUUUUACAAUUACUUUAGCAUAGGAAUGGACGCGCAAGUUGCCUAUGGUUUUCACCAUCUACGCAAUGAAAAGCCAUACCUUGCUCAAGGUCCUCUUUCAAACAAGUUGAUUUACUCAGGAUAUAGUUGCAAGCAAGGCUGGUUCUUUGCACCUUGUAGCAGCGAUCCUGGCUUAAGGGGAUUAAAUAACAUUCUGCGAUUAUAUGUCAAGAAGGUCAAUAGCUCAAAGUGGAAGCAAGUCCCUAUCCCUUCAAGUGUUCGGUCUAUAGUCACUUUGAAUCUUCCAAGCUAUGGCAGUGGAAGGAAUCCAUGGGGGAAUUUGAAGCCAGAGUAUUUGGAGAAGAGGGGCUUUGUUGAAGCCCAUGCAGAUGAUGGAUAUGUUGAAAUAUUUGGCCUGAAACAUGGGUGGCAUGCUUCUAUGGUUAUGGUUGAACUCAUCUCCGCCAAACAUAUUGCCCAGGCUUCAGCAAUUAGGUUUGAAUUGAGAGGUGGCGAAUGGAAAGAAGCGUAUAUGCAGAUGGAUGGUGAACCAUGGAAACAACCUAUGAGCAAGGAAUUUUCAACCUUUGUUGAAAUCAAGAGAGUACCCUUUCAGUCUGUCAUGAUCCACGGGGAGUAGCAUAACAUAUUUGUUUGUUUUUUCCCUCUUUUAUUUUCUUGUUGUAGAUAGUUUCUGUAGUUUCUCUCCGUAAAUUCAUGUAAAUUAUUAUUUUUUAGCUCCCAGAGCUUCUGAUCUAACCAAUAUAUACUCCCUAUGUUGCACGGACUCUUCAAAAUAAUGUUGCACCUAUGUCGGAUCCUUCAAAAUACACUACUUUUGGAGGAUCCGACAUGUACCCGACAAUAUUUUCGGAGAGUUCGAGUAACAUAGUAUACUCCUUAGGUCAGGCAAUUGUAUCAAAUCUGGGCUCUGUAAUUCAUGAGGUAUUUACCAAACAUGUUAACAUUGUAAGUUUCAUUCAUGAUUUGGUUUUGUGAGAAAUAGUUGAAAAUUGGCAUCCCCUCU